UCAAGCUUCAAUAGCUCUCACAUGCUCACUCAUUCAGUCAUUCGCGUUCUGCCGGUUGUCGUAGUCGUCUGUAGAGCGGUCACUGCGUGGUUACCGGUAUCUCUAGUGUCCUUUGAUCAAGUUCUCAAUCCAACACAUUUGUUGUUAUUUGAUAACAUUUGUGUGUGAAAGUGAGAACUGUAAAGUUGUGAAGUAGGUGAGAACAGUUUGUUAAAUUUCCCGAAAGUACUUUGAGGUAUGGAGUGGGAAGGGCCGCCCAAGCAAGGCUUGUACGACCCUCAGAACGAGCACGAAGCCUGCGGUGUUGGUUUUGUUGUUGCUAUCGACGGAAAACGUACCCAUAAAAUCGUCCGAGAUGCAGAGACUCUCGCAAAACGCAUGGAGCACCGCGGCGCGUGCGCCUGCGACAAUGACACGGGGGAUGGCGCGGGAGUUCUAACCGCUAUCCCGCAUCAGUUCUACUGCGCUCAGCUCAGAGAUACUCAUCAGAUCGACUUGCCUCCUUUCGGUCGCUAUGCCACCGGCAUCUUCUUCCUCGACAAGCUUCACCACCAGGACAUUGAGAAGAAGUUCGGAGAAUUGGCCGAGAGCCUCGGUCUGACUGUGCUAUGCUGGCGCACGGUUCCCACCAAUAAUUCCACCAUCGGUCAGGUGGCUCGUAAUUCGGAGCCAUUUAUGCGUCAAGUGUUUGUUACCGGAGAUUCUGACGACGAACUUCUAGCCAGACAGAUAUUCGUACUGCGCAAGCGAGCGUCCCAUGAGCUGGUGGUGCCAGGAGCCAGGUUCUACAUCUGCAGUCUUGCGCUCAAGACCGUUGUCUACAAGGGACUUCUCACUUCGCAGCAGCUAUGGGAGUACUUCAAGGACUUGACAAACCCUGCGUUCACCACGUACCUUGCGUUGGUGCACACCAGAUUCUCCACCAAUACUUUCCCCAGUUGGGAAAGAGCUCAUCCUCUGAGAGUCCUCGCUCACAAUGGCGAGAUCAAUACGUUGCGAGGUAAUGUCAACCUCAUGAAGGCGCGCGAGGGCGUCAUGAAGAGCGAACUCUUUGGAGAAGACCUCAAGAAACUAUACCCAGUCGUAGAACCGAACCUCUCAGACUCCGGUUCAGCUGACUGCGUGCUAGAAUUCCUUCUCCACGUUGGCCAGCGGUCCCUUCCCGAGGCUGUGAUGACGAUGGUGCCCGAAGCCUGGCAGAAUGACGUCACUAUGCCUAAAGAAAAGAGGGAUUAUUAUCAGUGGGCUUCGUCUUGUAUGGAACCCUGGGACGGACCGGCUUUGGUGUCGUUUACUGAUGGACGGUACAUUGGUGCCAUUCUGGACAGGAACGGUCUGCGUCCAUCUCGGUUCUACGUGACGAGUGAGAAUAUCCUCGUCAUGGCUUCUGAAGUCGGUGUCUACGAUGUGGACCCUGACAAGGUCAUACUGAAGAGUCGUUUGAAGCCCGGUCGUAUGUUGCUGGUUGACACUGAGGAAAAGAAACUGGUUCAGGACGCUGAACUCAAAAUGGAGAUCGCACGAAGCCGACCUCACUCUGAAUGGCUUCAGGAUAAGAUAACAAUGGAAGACAUCCACAAAUCCGUGACGGCCGAGAACGGCAGCAGUGCCGUAGUUUCCAACGGCAACGGCACGGACGGCCACGAGAACGGCGGAGUCAUCACGGGGUUAGCUGACAAGAGGCUCGGAUUGUUUGGUUAUACGACCGAGUCUAUAUAUAUGCUGUUGCUGCCUAUGAUUCAGAAUAAAAAAGAAGCUCUUGGCAGCAUGGGUAACGAUGCCCCCCUGGCCUGCCUGUCGCAGUUCCAGCCGAUGCCUUACGAGUACUUCAAGCAGCUGUUCGCUCAAGUCACCAACCCACCUAUUGAUCCAUUCAGAGAAAAGAUAGUAAUGUCAUUACUAUGCCCGAUCGGCCCCGCUCCGAACAUCCUGCAGCCGAGCGCGGAGUUCGUGCACCGCCUGUUCCUGCCGCAGCCGAUACUGUCGCUGCCCGACCUCUACGCCCUGAAGCAUACCACUCACAGAGGCUGGAAGACAAAAGUCAUCGACUGCACAUUCGACUACCUGGAAGGGCCGUCAGGCAUGGAGCCAGCACUGGGCCGUAUAGCCGGGGAAGCUCAUGCUGCCGCCGCCAGCGGUUACCAGCUCAUCGUGCUGUCUGACCGACAAGCUGGACGGUUUAGAGUUCCUGUUAGCACUCUACUAGCUUUAGGUGCUGUCCACCAUCAUUUGAUUGAGACUCGUCAACGCAUGAAGGUUGGGAUUAUCCUCGAAACUGCUGAGGCUAGGGAAGUGCAUCACAUGUGCGUUCUGUUAGGAUACGGCGCCGACGCAAUCUGUCCCUACCUGGCCUUCGAGCUGGCCUUCUCCCUUCGCAACGACCACAUUUUGGACCCCAACCUCACCGACGAGGACAUCUACAAGGCCUACCAAGGGGCCAUAGAGACAGGCCUGGCUAAGGUCAUGGCGAAAAUGGGGAUCAGUACCCUACAGUCAUAUAAGAGUGCACAGAUAUUUGAAGCAGUGGGCUUGUGUGAAGAAGUCAUUGAUAAGUGCUUUAGAGGCACACAUUCUAGGAUUGGUGGCGUGAACUUUGAGAUCCUAUCGAAGGAAAUCUUUGACAGGCACGCAUUGACUUAUGGUGAAGUCAAAGACGCUCUUGUUUUGAGGAACCCCGGUAACUACCAUUGGCGAGCGGGUGGAGAGAAGCACAUCAACGAUCCGAUGUCUAUCGCUAAUCUGCAGGAAGCUGCCAGUAACAAGAGCUCGUCAGCUUAUGAUAAAUACAGGGAGAGCGCAUUAGAAUCUAUCCGUGCGUGUACUCUGCGCGGACAGCUCGAGCUCGUGAAGUUGGAUGAACCUAUCCCAUUGAGCGAAGUGGAACCCGCUGUUGAGAUCGUCAAGCGAUUCGCUACAGGCGCCAUGUCAUUCGGUUCGAUCUCGUUAGAAGCGCACACAUCGCUGGCUAUCGCCAUGAACCGCAUCGGUGGGAAGUCCAACACCGGAGAGGGUGGUGAAAAUGCUGAUAGAUAUCUCAACCAGGACCCCGAGUUCAACAAGCGGUCGGCCAUCAAGCAGGUGGCGUCGGGCCGGUUCGGCGUGACGGCGUCGUACCUGGCGCAUGCGGACGACCUGCAGAUCAAGAUGGCGCAGGGCGCCAAGCCCGGCGAGGGCGGCGAGCUGCCCGGCUACAAAGUAACAGAAGACAUAGCAAAGACCCGUUGCUCAGUCCCCGGCGUGGGUCUGAUCUCUCCCCCCCCUCACCACGACAUCUACUCCAUCGAGGACUUGGCUGAACUCAUCUAUGACCUGAAGGCUGCUAAUCCAAGAGCCAGGAUAUCUGUGAAGCUGGUGUCUGAAGUGGGGGUUGGUGUUGUCGCUUCGGGUGUGGCUAAGGGCAAAGCGGAACACAUAGUGAUCUCCGGUCACGACGGUGGUACAGGCGCUAGUUCGUGGACGGGCAUCAAGAGUGCUGGCUUACCCUGGGAACUGGGAGUCGCUGAGACACAUCAAGUGCUGGUGCUUAAUGAUCUGCGAUCCAGAGUGGUAGUACAAGCGGACGGUCAGAUCAGGACAGGUUUCGACGUGAUGGUGGCCGCGCUCCUCGGUGCUGACGAGUUCGGAUUCAGUACUGCACCACUUAUUGCACUGGGCUGCACAAUGAUGAGGAAAUGUCACUUGAACACAUGUCCGGUCGGCAUCGCGACACAGGACCCCGUGCUGCGCAAGAAGUUCGCCGGCAAGCCUGAACAUGUCAUCAACUAUCUGUUUAUGUUGGCUGAAGAGGUCCGCCAACACAUGGCGGAGGUCGGAGUCCGUCGUUUCCAAGACUUGAUCGGUCGCACCGACCUGCUGAAGGUGCGCGAGAACAACGACAACCCCAAAGCCAGGAUGCUGAACCUCAGCCUCAUACUGAAGAACGCGUUACACAUGCGACCGGGGGUCAAUAUUAUUGGAGGCUCCAAGUCACAGGACUUCCAACUAGAGAAGCGUCUGGACAACCAGCUGAUAUCUCAGUGCUCGGCGCUGUGGGACGGCUCGGCGCAGCACGUGGACAUCAGCAUGAGGAUCACCAACGAGGACCGCGCCUUCACCUCCACGCUGUCUUAUCAUAUCGCCAUGAAAUACGGCGACGACGGUCUCCCAGACGGCAAGACUGUGAACAUUUCACUGACCGGGUCGGCCGGACAGAGCUUCUGCGCCUUCCUGUCUAAGGGCAUCACUGUCACGCUCGAGGGAGAUGCUAAUGAUUAUGUUGGUAAGGGCUUGUCAGGCGGCAAAGUGAUCAUCUACCCGCCAAAGGCGUCGCCGUUCGAGUCACAUCUCAACGUUAUUGUGGGCAAUGUGUGUCUGUAUGGAGCUACUUCUGGACGCGCUUAUUUCAGAGGCAUAGCAUCGGAGCGGUUCUGCGUCCGCAACAGCGGCUGCGUGGCCGUAGUGGAGGGCGUGGGCGACCACGGCUGCGAGUACAUGACGGCCGGUACUGCGCUUAUCCUGGGACUUACGGGACGGAACUUCGCUGCAGGGAUGAGCGGCGGCAUCGCAUACGUGUACGACAUCGACGGCUCGUUCUCCGGCAAGUGCAACCACGAGAUGGUGGAACUGCUGCCUCUAGAGCUGCAGGAUGACCUGGACUAUGUGCAGCAGUUGCUGCAAGAGUUCCACGAGUAUACUGGCUCACUAAUCGCAGAAGAAUUCCUAAAAACUUGGCCGGAGCCUGCCAAGAAGUUCAUAAAGGUAUUCCCCUACGAAUACCAACGCGCUCUCAAGUCCAUGGCGGUGAAGCAACCUACACAGCGCAAGGUGGAAACUAACGGGAAGGCGGAGAAUGGCGUGCUGGAUAUUGAAGAAACUGUCAAAGAUGUUGAACUCGAGACUAAGAAUUUGGAGAAAAUUUUGGAUAAGACUAGAGGCUUCAUAAAGUACCCCCGCGAGACGACGAUGUACCGUCCUGCAGAGAAGCGUCUCCGCGACUGGGAGGAGAUCUACAACAGCGGACACGUGCGACGCGGCGUACGAGUACAGGCGGCUCGCUGCAUGGAGUGCGGCGUGCCGUUCUGUCAGAGCGGGCACGGCUGUCCGCUCGGCAACAUCGUGCCCAAGUGGAACGAUCUGGUGUACCGCGGGGACUGGAAGGAGGCGCUGCAGCAACUGUUGCAGACUAAUAAUUUCCCAGAAUUCACGGGUCGUGUAUGUCCAGCGCCGUGCGAAGGUGCCUGUGUAUUAGGCAUCUCAGAACCACCCGUCACUAUCAAGAACAUUGAGUGUGCUAUCAUUGACCACGCCUUUGAAAGCGGAUGGAUAACGCCUGAUAUUCCUACAUACAGAAAUGGAAAAACGGUGGCAGUUGUCGGAUCCGGCCCCGCUGGUCUAGCCUGCGCUCAUCAAUUGAAUAAGGCUGGCUACACAGUAACAGUAUUCGAGCGCAACGACCGUCCCGGCGGCCUGCUGCAGUACGGCAUCCCCACCAUGAAGCUCAGCAAGGAAGUGGUCGCCCGCCGCAUCAAGCUCAUGACUGUCGAGGGCAUCGCCUUCAAGUGCAACGUCGAUGUCGGACGCGAUAUCUCCGCCAGUGAUCUGGCUAAUGAAUACAACGCCCUAGUCCUGUGCAUGGGCGCCACCUGGCCUCGGGACUUGCCCCUGAAGGGUCGGCAGCUGAACGGCAUCCACUACGCCAUGGAGUUCCUGGAGACCUGGCAGAAGAAGCAGAUGGGAUCCACCCAGCAUCAUCAGCAGAACAACCCUGAGCUUAACGCUAAGGAUAAGGAUGUGCUGGUUAUUGGGGGUGGUGAUACCGGUUGUGACUGCAUAGCGACAUCGCUGCGUCAGGGCGCCAAGAGCAUCACGACGUUCGAGAUCCUCCCCGAACCCAAGAAGACACGCGGACAGGACAACCCCUGGCCGCAGUGGCCUAGAGUGUUCAGGGUGGACUAUGGUCACGAGGAAGUGAAAGUCAAGUUCGGUAGUGACCCCAGGAAGUUCUCCACACUCACCAAAGAGUUCUUGGAUGACGGCGAAGGCAACGUAUGCGGCGUAUCAGCAGUAGAAGUGGAAUGGACUCGCGGAGCCGGCGGGAGAUGGGAGAUGAAGGAGCUGCCCGGCACCAACAAGGUGUACAAGGCCGACCUCGUGCUGCUGGCUAUGGGCUUCCUGGGCCCCGAGAGAUAUGUCGCCAAUCAGCUGGAUCUCCCCUUGGAUGCGCGUAGCAACGUGGAGACCGAGAAAUCUAACAUUUACAAGACACCCGUCAGCAAUGUCUUCGCUGCUGGAGAUUGUCGCCGCGGCCAAUCUCUCGUAGUGUGGGCGAUAUCAGAAGGCAGACAGGCGGCUCGAGCAGUCGACACAUACCUCUCCGGCAAGUCUACACUCCCGGGACCCGGCGGAGUUAUCUACGACCAUUGAACAAUUUAACUCGCCGAGUAUGAGUCAUAAGUCGUAUCGAUAUGUAGGUUGGCACAUCACUAAGUUAUGUAGAAAUAUGGUAUUCUGACACGGGUUUCAUGUCUGAGUUUUCGAAAAAUCAUUGCUAAAGAGAUAAGUUCAGAUCGUUCAAAGUGUAAGGGUGUGUCCUACGUGGGUGUAUCAACGUAAAAGCGAUACAAAGAUUCAAAAAAAUCGACUGUGUUAUUUUCGCGUUAAGGACACAUCAUAAGGCAUGGAAUAAGUAAUUGAAAAUUAUUAUUUUAUUUUCUUCAAAGGCUAGUGCUAAUUUGGUAUUGUUCUAAUUUACAUAUCGAUAUCUUGUAACCUCGUACUCAGCAUUCAGGAUUUGACGUGGCGAUCAUGUAUUGACGCUACUAUACAUAUUAGGUCCUGUCCUUUACACAAUGGGCGAUAGAAGGCUCAUUGUGUAUAGCGGUUUUAUAUCAGCACAACUUUGUGACGGAGAUGUAAUAUAAUAUCACUUUAUAUUCGCGUCCCAAUGACGACUGUAUGUUUAAAUUGAGAUUAUAAAAUGUUAAGAACAGUAUUUAAUUUCAUUCAAAAAAACAUCAUUUCAAGGUUUUGUCCAUGCAGUCGUCAAAAUAAUAUCUUAUAUCAAACAUAAAUUUGCGUUGUUAGAACAUUAGGGCAUAGACCCGCUUCGAUAUACCAACGUUAACCAAAACUAGAUCUUAUUAACAACUGCGUAAAGUUGAAUUUUAAUCAAUGUUAUCAUCAUCAAGUUCCAUCAAUGUAUAGUCGUUGAAUAUGACGUUUUUAUAUUUAAAUUAUUUAUUUAGUUAAUCAAUUUGAACGGAGCGACAAUAAUAUUUGAAGCUGCAUUGUAAUUUAAAUUUUGUUUAUCUAAAAUCAUUAUGAAUAGGCUACCGGAUAGAUUUUUUUGUAGCUCUAGAGCCGAUUAGUCGCAAAAAAUAAUAAAAUGUAUUCCAAAUAAUGGAAACUACGAGCAUUUUAAUAUUUUGAGCGCACCUUAUUUACGAACAACGUUAUAGAUUUUGACAAGGAUGAAGUAAAACAUUUUCUCAAAAAUAAAUUGAAAUUAAACACUUAUUUAAAAAUAAACACUAGGUAGCCUAUUUCUAAGCAAAAAAAGCCGAGAACACAAAACAAUGGUACUCGGGAAGACUUACGUAAUUCUGACGUACAUUUUGUAGAUUGUCGAAUACUAUUUUAAGAUCUUAAUUUUAUUUUAAGAUACCAUAUUAUUAUACUGUUUGAUAUAAUCGUUUUAUGUGUAAUCACAUUCCGUUUUUUAGACUUUUUGGUCGUUAUUACGUUUUAGAGAGAAUUUUCAUUAAUUAUACAUAUCUCAUGCCAAAUAUUGUUUUGGUUACGCAUAGAUUCGCAUCAAAUCUAUUAUUUACAAUGAGACGAUGAAUAAAAAAAUCUAUGACGUCAACGGUAAAUUAAAUAUUGCCUGCUCUUCUUCGCAAAAAAAGAAGAAUCACAAGUAGUUUUUUUUCUUGUGUUUGAAAAGUUAUAUAAUCAUUAUUUUACUUUUGUGUUGAGUUAAUGUCCAUUACAGCCUUUGCUCAGUAAACUAAUUUACCGCUAAAUAUUUGAUUGUAAUGUAAAUUUAUUUUAAUAGUAAUUAUAUUUACCCUAAAUUGGGUACACUAUUGUAUUACAUUCAUCGUUUCAUUGUAAAAAAGUGAUGUGUUUAUAAAAUUACGUUAUAAUAUCAAUGAUUGUGAACGGAUAGUGAUCUCUCGUGUCAUAUAAACUGGAUACAUUGUUGGUUAAAUUAUAUAUGUUUUUAAUGUUAUUGUUUUAGAGUGUACGGCGUGUAGUCAGUAUUCUAUGUGAAAUGUAUAUUAUUAUUGUUGUACGAAGCUUAUAAGUGUUACUAAACGGUCUAAGCAAAAGGAACUAUUAAUCUUUCUGCUCUAUCUACAAAAAAUCUACUUUUUCAAAAGAUCAGCACUAGUUAAAAAUCAACAGCAUUUAUCGAAAAGUUAAUAAAUAAUAAAGCUUCUAACAAAUAAUACACCUAACUUUUGAGCAGUUAAUAUGUAUGGUAUUUACGUAAAUGUUUUAAUGUGUUAUUGUAUAUUUAGGGCUAGUUACACCAUUGAUCGCUAAAUUAGGUAACACUAAGUAUGUUAAAAAAUGUACGUCACUAAACAUAUUUAGUGGUUAAUCAAUUUUUUGUGAGCAAUGGUGCAAUUGGGACUAAAAAUAAAUGUGUUAUUGUAAUAAUAUAAUUUAGUUUGAACUGUGAUGUAACUUACAGUGAUGAGAUUAAUUUAAAAUAAACGAAAUUAUAAACGAGAUGUUCUUGGUAUGUGUAGAAGUUCCUACGUAAUCGAAUAAGUUUAUUGUCUCUUCAGAGUGUAGUUAUUUUCCUAGCUUACUAGAAAAUUAUUUUCCAAGUUUAUAAAGUUACGUAGAAUCUUUUCAGCUUUCUGUUUAUGCUUAUAAUUACAAAAUAUUGAAAGUAUCGGUACCUAAAUAUCACAAUUCUGUCCAUCUGAAGAGACUAUUCUUGUAUAAUUAAUUAUAACACACAUUGUAAAAACGUGUAGUUAGCAAUAAGCUGUAAUUGUUUCAUUGUUUAACCAAUUUACUGUAAAAUAGUGUAACAUCUAAAAUUCUCAUCAAGUCGUUUUUUUUUAAGUUUCACAAAAUUAUUUAAAAAUAUAUUUAGUAUUUAAUUUAAUGUUCCUUUGUUAAUUUGAUUUUAUUUUGAAUAAAUAUUUUAUUUUAA